CGGAGCGAUCGGGAGAAGAGUCGGCCGGUGUAUUGAGCAGCCAGAGUGGCCGCUGCCUCUGGGAGUGGCUGCCGCAGCGCGCAUGCGAAGGACCGGGACGACUCUGCCUCCAGUGUUCCACACUACGUGCGCGCCGGCAACCGCGGACCUCCACUGGUCCAGGCUGACCUAUUCCGCUGCACGCGGCGCACGCCGGCACCCAUCGAUCUCCGCCACCCCAAGGUGUGGCAUGCCGGUGGCAGGUGCAGCGCCCGGACGAAGGCGCAGCCGACGGACUCGUGAUCGGGCCGGCAUGCGUGACCGCUGAACCAUGCGGCUGCACGUGCUUGUACUGCUGCUGCUGGCGUCGGCCGGCGGCGGCUGGUCGCGAGAGCGCUGCGAGGACAUCACUAUCCCCAUGUGCAAGGGCAUCGGCUACAACCAGACAUCCAUGCCGAACCAGUUCAACCAGGACACGCAGGACGAGGCCGGCAUGGAGGUGCACCAGUUUUGGCCCCUUGUGGAGAUCCAAUGCUCCGACGACCUCAAGUUCUUCCUCUGCUCACUGUACACGCCCAUCUGCAUGGAAGAGUACGCGGGCAGCGUGCCGGCCUGCCGCUCCGUGUGCGAGAGGGCGCGCGCGGGCUGCGCGCCCAUCAUGCGCCAGUAUGGUUUCGCGUGGCCCGAGCGCAUGAACUGUGACGCGCUGCCGCAGUACGGCGACCCGGAGCAGCUGUGCAUGGACGCCAAGGAGGGUGCGCGACCGGACAGCGCCGAUACGAGCCUCGUGGUGGCCCCCCCGGUACCUCCGAGCAAGCCCAGGGGAGGCUCGCGGCCCCGGCAGCGCGAGAGGCAGCCCGGCGGCCGGGGCGCGUCGAGCGGCGACUGCGACUGCCCGUGCCAAGCGCCGCUCAUCAACACGUCCGAUCCGCACUUCUACGCGCGCGGGCUCUCGUCGAGACCGCCAGAGUGCGCGCUGCCCUGCCGCAUGGUCUACUUCAACGGCUACGACCAGACCUUCGCUACGUACUGGGUGAGCACGUGGGCCGUGCUGUGCUGCGUGUCCACUAGCCUCACGGUGCUUACGUUCCUCAUCGACACGGCUCGCUUCCGCUACCCCGAGCGACCAAUCAUCUUCCUCUCCUUCUGCUACCUCAUGGUAUCCGUCGGCUACCUGGUGCGCCUGGCCAUGGGUCACGAGCCCAUCGCCUGCGACGGCAAUGUGGUCCGCUACUACGUGAGCAGCCGGCCGUUCGCCUGCACUCUCGUGUUCAUCCUGCUCUACUUCUUCGGCAUGGCGAGCUCCAUGUGGUGGGUGAUCCUCACGCUCACCUGGCUGCUGGCUGCGGGCCUCAAGUGGGGCAACGAGGCCAUCGCGGGAUACUCGCAGUACUUUCACAUGGUGGCCUGGGCCGUGCCCACCGUCAAGACCAUCGUGGCCGUGCUGUUGAGCGCCGUGGACGGGGACUCGGUCGCCGGCGUCUGCUACGUCGGUAAUCAGGACCUGACCAAUCUGCGAGCCUUCGUUCUCGGACCGCUCUGCGUCUACUUGCUGUUAGGCACCUCCUUCCUGCUGGCCGGCUUCGUGUCACUCUUCCGCAUCCGUUCCGUUAUUCGCGCCCAGGCGCGCGCCAAGGCCGACAAGCUCGAGAAGCUUAUGAUCCGCAUCGGCAUUUUCUCGGUGCUGUACACGGUCCCAGCUACAGUGGUCAUCGCCUGCUACUUCUACGAGCACCAUUACCGAGAGCCCUGGCUGCGCCGCUUGCGCUGUCCCUGCCCACGCAACAACGAGGCUCCCAGGCCACACUUCUUCAUGUUCAUGGUCAAGUACUUCAUGUGUCUAGUCGUGGGCAUCACGUCUGGCUUCUGGAUAUGGUCCGGCAAGACGCUGGAAUCCUGGUAUAAUUUCUACGCCAGGCUUUGCGGAGGUCGCCGUCGACGAGGUCGCAGCGUGGCUGGUGGAGGCGUUGGUGAUUUUCCAGAUCCCCAUGUACGAACAUUCAAACAGUCCAUGAGUCCAGUCAGUCACAUCGGGCAGUUAUCCAGCCAUGGCGGCAAGCAGUUGCCGCUGUCACACGUGUGAGGACGCUUCCUGCUGGUGCCCGAGUUGAACGGCGUGCAUCUCCAACACCUUCCGUCUAGUCCGCCGCCCGGAUUCGGGCUUAUUCUUAGUGCAUGUUGCAGCAGCGUCAGCAGCUCACUUGCGCUACGAUAUCACGCCCGCGAGGCCAGGCGCUGCUGGUCAGUGAAAUAAUAUGUGCCGCGCAAGUCCCGCUGAGCCCAUCCUUUUCAGAGAGAGCGGAAGGCUACAGCUGGACUGCUUCUGAACUAAGACGUGCAGCAGCCGUCUAAAAGUCCCGGAAACUAUUUCGCUCCAUUACAUGCGAAAGGUUGCGUAACCUAGGAGCGCACCGAGAAGCAGUCACUGAAACCUUCCAGCGCUCGUCGCUUAGCAUUCAUGCAGGUAACAGGGCUGAGCUGGAAACUGUUAACCGUAUGAUCAGUUUUACCCAGUGUCCCAACUUUAUUCGUAUAGUUGUUCGCAACAUAAUUUUUGGUGUGAUUCUACAGCUGAUGUUACCUAGCGCAGUUGAUGUAGUCGCGUGGUUCUGGACGCCCGUAAUGACUACCACAGUAUCUGUUGUACCCUGUGUCUGAUGUGUAAAAACUUCGCUCGCCACUGAAAAGCGGUAGCACACCUUUCCGUGCUCAAAAAGAGGACUUCAGGUUGCAGAACUUAGAAUGGAGACCAUAAUGGAGGCUUAUGUGUGGCCAUGGAUCUCUAAGGUGAAAGAAAAGUGUAUGACGCAGAUAAGAAAGUCAGUGCAACGCUAUCGUUACGGCUGUGUGUAGUGUAGAUACGUCGAUCCCGACUAUUCCUAGAACAUGCUUUACCUUUUGAUUUAUUGAUGUUGCAUUGAUCUUCACGUGGGUAAUACAAUCUACAUUAGAUAUCAGUGCGAACAAACGCUUCCAUCACAUCCGUGUAUACGUGCUUUGCUUUAGUUUUAGAUGACUGAACACCCUUCUGUAGGUUCUUCGUACUGCUUACUCUGCAAUACUGUGGCGCGCACUCUGUCGCAUUGCUGGAUAUUCUUCGCAGUGGACAAAGACUCGUUCCCUGCGUGAUACGUGAUUGAAAUGUGUGUCGAUUAUUAGUGCUCGUUUGAUAUCUGUUGUCUCCUGGGGCGUACCCAUCACGGAUCGCCCCGAUUCUCCUGUAGUAGGAGCUUACCGCAGUCGAAGCGCGCAGCCGGCGCUGUUCACAGCGAGAGGGUCACCUCGCCGGUGUCAGCUGUCCUGUAUAGUAGCCAAGAGUUCCCAGCGGAGGGGCCCCAGCAAGGCUACGCUGAUGUAUGUUGGGUGUUUGGUUUCGAGUCGCAGAGCGAGCAGCUAGGGGCAAGCGGUCGCGGACAGGGCGUCUCGCGGAAUGCCCCGGCAGCGACGCCGGAUAUGCCACCUUGCGGCGAGUCGCGCGCUGCGCCCUUGCAGAGAGCAAGCCGACUCAAAAACGGAGACGGAGGAAUGCCUGCUGCGACUCCGGCUGUCGGCGCCGUGUCUCUGGAAAGCUUCAAGACGAGGCGAGGGGCCCUUCUGCCAUUUGUAUGCAGCGCGCGACGCCGCGUGGGCCCUGUACCUCGGCUGACCUAUUUCACGGCGUCAGUACCGGCUCCCUGCCGCACCGCUUCGCCCCUACACGCACACAACCCCUCGAUGUCGGAGCUUGCGUCGUUUGCGAAAGGCCCUGGGCUUUGCGGCCGAGCUGUGGUGAAGUGAAGCCGCCUGUAGAGGAAUGCUUUUGUUUGUGUUUCCGAUCUCGCAAUCGGUGGGCUCGUGUUUGCAUCAACAACACAAAGAAGCGUGUGUUUUGUGUACUACGAUGUUAAUGCAGAUGAAGAAUCGUGCACCCACGCUGUGAACAAAAAAAAAAAAAGAAAAUGCGCCAGGAGGAGUUUGAGUGUCCACGCAAUCUUAACUGUACCGUCUCGCCUGGUAUGUUUUCCAAAACUCUGAGCACUUGAAAAGGGCUCGACAGCGUUCGGGUAAAAUAUACUAGCUCAAGUGUCAAGUGGUCUACGAAGGCCGAGCUAAGAAGGAAAUAUUCUGUGCACUUGCUCAACGCAGCGCCAAAAUACCGAAUGUGCAUAGGUUAUUCUUUGUGCACAAAUCCAUUUUGUAUGUUAUCACAGAGUCUGUGUUUCAUGUAUUAAGUGGUCUCCACGUCGAUGAAGAAGAAAAAAAAAAAGGACAGCUAAGGAGUGUCGCCGCCCAGCGUGAAACUUCUCGUCAUUAUUUCGUGGUGUCAGUGGUGUUAUCAGCGUCAUGUGGGCCAAUAACGACUUGGGCUCGUAGCCGCGGAUUCCAAUGCCCAGGUAACAACCUUGUUGUAUGUGUAGCAGCGGCGCUCUUGUACACCUACCAAGCGCCGACAGACGCGCUCCUCCAUGAGGCUCGUGUCACGAGUGAAUCAAAGGCUGCACCUCGUCGUCCAUACGGUGUGGUCCAGGUCAGAUUUGUACAUGCUUUUCGGGAGAGCGACAUUGCAAACUAUGUUGAAUUAGUGCAACAAGAAUCCCGCCGCUUUUCAGCACUCUUUAAUCAUACCACUUGUGAAACUCCCCACAGAGCUCAUUGCAAAAAAGAAAAAAAAGAAAAGGGGGAAAAAGGUAGAGAAAAGAAGAACAAAAAAAAACGCCCUCAUUGAUCGGAAAUUUGAAGGCCGGCUUAUUUUUCACGUAACCUGCGGCGAACAGCCAAACGAGGAGACGCUGCCAUGUUGUAACGUUGCAGGGACAGUUGCGCAUGUUCUGGGCCACUCCCGAGAGCCACACACGUCUGCCAUGGCUUCUAAAAAGUGGUAACUGGAAAUGGCCAGAUCUUGAAUGAUGAAUUGAUCAAAUAACUUCCAUUCUUAUUAUCCGCUGGACCAGGCCGGCCGACUGUGCUGAUAAACGUAGGCGGGACUCCGCACUAGCCCACUACGAAGAACAAAAAUGAAUUGAAUUUGAACAAAAAAAUUUACACUAAUCCUGCCCUCACCAAUAAUUUCAGCACCAGCCAGCGCCAUUUCGUGUCGACGACGGGGCAACGGCAAGGACACAACUCGCGCACCGACGCCAAGUGGCGCCACCCAGUGCACACCGAAGCCCGGUAAACCGGCGCUCAGUGUAGCUCUUGCCAGCCGCAGGUAUCUUCCCGAAGAGUUUGUACACUGCGGCUCGGGCCCAAGAGGAAGGAGCCGUCGGGAGUGUCAACGCGAUCGCCGAACGGGGGCGAGGCCUCUGCCAGCCUACAGGCCCUCUGGGUCGGCUGUCGUUCGUUACGCCAUACGUAUUGCUGCAGCUGAGCCGCCUCAGCGCGAGCCCAUUCACUUUGUCUCGAAUGCAAUGUCCUCGAAGCUCGGCCAACUUUUUCAGUUCCGCUGUCCCAGCCAUCGGGGCGGCAGCAGAAGAAGGAACAUAUCACAAGUGGCCAACAGUUUACACCUCUAUUUGAAACGAGUCGCGUCGCUGUACAAACACUUUCUCUGUGUCUACCACUUUGCACAAACCACAGGGUCUACGCUGACGAAGAUAGAGAGAGAAAAAAAAAGAGGAAUUAUCCGUGCGUGCUACGUUACAGGUGUAUCUAUACAUGCUCAUGUUCCACGUUCAUUUGUCACGCCAUUUUUUUGUUCGCUUAGGUGUAGCAUAACUCGUGUACAUUUUGUUUAUGUAUAUAUAAAGAAAUAUUGCUAUUGUCAUUGCUAUUACCAAUUAUCACCAGACGUUGUCACUUCCGUCGUCAUUAAGCAACGUUCGCGGGGCAUCCGUUGAGUGUGUAUAAUUUAAUGUACAUUAUCAUUAAAGAAAAGAACCGUAUUGUUGAUAUAA